AUGCGAGCUUUGGACAUCGUCAGCUCAUGCAUGGGCAUGGGGGGACCCACGGCGGAGCACACCAAAAAAGUCGUCAGUGAUAUCAUUCACUGCAGAAGUGGUGCCAAACAAAGCUCAUUGAGUUGUGCUACGCAGUUGGCCCGAGCCUUGCACCCGGCACUUGGUGCCUGCCAUUCGUUGAGCCGUCGAGCAAACAAAAGGCACGGCUGA